ACCAACUAACAUAGAAGUUAACAACUAUAGGUCACUGUACGGCAUUCAACAAUGAGCAAAACCCAUACCGCAUAGUCAGCUAUAAAAGACCCCGAAAUGACAAAUGUAUAACUAACGGCCUAAUUUAUGACAAAAAAUUUAAAAAAAAACCAAUGAACGAAAAACAAGUUAAGCAAAAUAUUAUUUGUGUACCUGUUAUUUGUACAAUAGUGGCCGAUUACAGGAUAAAAUUUAUGUAUUUAUCAAAUAGUUCUUUUCUAUAUAUCUGUAUACUAUUAUUUUAGCAUUUAUUUAAUUCUUAAUCUUUACCUAAAGGUUGCCAUGAGAUGACUCCAUAUUCACAAAAACCAGUUUAUUAUAAAGAAACAUUAGGAGACUGUCAUCAUCUUUGUCAAAGUAAAGAAAUAUCGUUUUUUUCAUACAAGAAAACAGAAUGUAAAUGUCUACCAGGAUUUACAAACCCGCCAUACAGAAAAGGUCCAGAUAUAUGCGGCAGUGUUGUAUUUCAAACUUUAACAUUGGUAAACAUAUUUGAUGAAAAUAAAGGGAACUGCGUGAAAACAAUGUGUUCUAAUAAUGGAUCACACUAUAAAAGAGGUCCGCUUAUUUCAGUUUCUUGCGAUGGAAACUACGAUAUUAACAAUGUGUGUGUAAAUGCAAAUUAUUUUGGAAACAAAAUAUCACAAAAGAAUGCCUCAAAGAAUUGUAUUGGGAAUAUGAGUUAUUUACCUGGCGUCAGUGACAGUGCAUGCAGUGCAAUAGGUCGAGCAACUGACAGAGGGUGGAAAACAGCACCAAUGUGGUCAUCAAUUUUUAGGAGAGAAUAUUCCAAACAAUUCUAUAAAAAAGAUCACCAGCUACGUACAAGUCCUGUUUCCUGUAAAUAUAGAAAGUUUAACCAUGACUCGCGUGAAAGUGGAGAAAUUUACAGAGAUUGUAAUGAAAUUUUGACAUUUGCAUGUGAACAUUCAGGCAGGUCCCCUAUGACGAAAGACGUAUUGACGAAUUCUAAAAGUAAAGUCUCUGAAGCUACAGGCUUAGCUGUGGGGAUUGCAUUAGGAAUUUUCAUUAUCACCAUUUUUGUAGCUGUUUUCGUCAUUUUGAAAAGAAAAUGGAAGUGUAAUCCAGUAAUAAUCAGCUCACAUACAGCAGAUUGUAAUACAAGCAAUAUUCAAUUUACUUCUGAACCGGAAAUAUCACACGUCCGUGGUAUAAUUACCAGUGAUGAAUAUGCUGUGGUCAACAAAAGUGCAAAAGUACAUAUAGAUACAAGUAACAGGAAUAUAGAUGGGUUGUAUACAACACCAUACACAGAGUAUGACAGACUUGCACAUGGAAGAAAUACAUAUAGCAAGCAAUUACAAAAUACAUAUGAUACUGUCAAUGGUGAACAUGUGAUAUCAAUGUAUCAUACAGCUUCUAGUAAACUCAGAAUAUCAGAUAAUCUUGAACAUUAUGAUCAUAUACCUACGGACUGUUAACAUAUACGUACGGAAUGUUAAAAGUGAACUGAAUCUCAAUGAUAUUUCAUGAACACUGAACAUUAUAUUUUCUUACCAAAAAAUUUUAAAACAAAUAAGAAUUAUUAUUCUGUCUUUAUUAUUGUAAAUGUAUUUCAAACAUAUGCAUGCCUCGAUAAAUGUUGUAAUUCA